CCGGUGACGUUUCCCUCCUCACAGACUUUUCCCGCCAUCUGUGUGAGGUGCGGUGUUGUGUGUCUGUAGCAGCCCGGAGCGGACCGCCGCCAUGGCCAAGCAGAGCACCCUGUUCAGCUUCUUCGCCAAGUCUCCGACUCUUUCCAGCAGCAAGACUAAGAGCGGGCCAUCUUCUUCCCCCACCGAGGCUGACGUGCCUUCCCUGGGGGCGAAAAAGUUCAACUCCUCUCCCAAGGAGUCAGCGGGGGCCCCGAAACAUGGAGGGAAGACCCCCCGGGCCGCCACGCCCAGUAUUUGUGAUUUCACACCUGGUGACAUUGUUUGGGCCAAGAUGCCAGGUCAUCCCUGGUGGCCAUCAUUGGUUUAUAACCACCCAAGGGAAGACACUCAUUUCAGAGGAAAGGGCAAGUCUCUUCAUGUUCAUGUGCAGUUCUUUGAUGACCCACCAACUAGAGGAUGGAUAGGUGCAAAAUAUGUGAAGAAUUACUCAGGUUCCUCUGCUGCAGAAGCCCGAAAGGGGGGCAUGUUUUUUAGUACCAGGCCUGAAAUAAUGAAAGCAAUGGGAAUGGCAGAUGAUGCAUUGAAAACAGAAAAGGAUAAGAGACUGGCACUGGCUGUUUGCACAGAACCUUCUGAUUCUGAGGAGGAAAUGGAGACUAACAUAGAGAUUCUGGUCAGGUCCGUUGAGGAAAGUUCUCCCGCAAGUGAUGAAGUAUCUGAAAGAAAAUCAAACAGACCAGCUCGUCAAAGUAGGACUAAUGGAAAGGCCAAGAGGAGGAGAAUAACUAUUGAGUCUGACAGUGAAGACGAAUGCUCUGAUGAUGAGUUCAAGCCUGAUGCAAAGGAUUCUGGGAGCAGUGAUGAGGCAAGCAGUGGUGUAGAUGAGGAGGCGAUCUCUUCAGCAGAGAGCGAAGCGGAGAAAGACAGUCCAGUAAAGGUUCCUGUGAAACGCAAGCGAGGUGCUACAUCCAAGGCUCCACCUUCUAAAAAGAGUUUGCAAAAUGACAUUCCAGAAACGCCAAAGAGAACCAGCAAUGUAUCUGCAGAGGCCAAAUUAAAGCUGUCGUCUUUCUCUGCCCCAGAAUCUUUUGACUCUCAGUCCACUACAGGUGGGGCUGGAGGCGUCACUGUUUGGGAACAUGAAAAGUUUGAAUGGCUGCAGGAUGGGCGGAGAAAAGAUGUCAAUCGCAGAAAACAGAGUGAUGAAAAUUAUGACCCUUCAACACUGUAUGUUCCAGAGGACUUCCUAAAUAAAUGUACACCAGGAAUGAGGAAAUGGUGGCAGCUCAAAUCUCAACAUUUUGACACGGUCAUAUUUUACAAGGUUGGGAAGUUCUAUGAACUGUACCACAUGGAUGCUGUUAUUGGUGUCAAUGAAUUGGGUCUGACAUUCAUGAAAGGAGUUUGGGCUCACUCUGGUUUUCCUGAGAUUGCUUUUGGACGUUUCUCUGAUGUGCUUGUACAGAAAGUAUACAAAGUAGCCAGGGUGGAACAGACAGAAACCCCAGAGAUGAUGGAAGCACGUUGCAAGUCUAUGUCUCAUCCAACCAAAUUUGAUCGGGUGGUGCGGCGGGAAAUAUGCAGAAUAAUUACGAAAGGGACCCAGACCUACAGUGUUCUGGAUGGCAGCCCCUUGGAAAGCCAUAAUAAAUAUCUUUUGAGCUUUAAGGAAAAGCCGGAUGAUUCCUCUGGACAGCAGAGAGUAUAUGGUGUGUGCUUUGUGGACACAUCUGUGGGAAAAUUUCACGUUGGUCAGUUUCAUGAUGACCGCCAUUGUUCACGGUUCAGGACUUUAGUAGCCCACUUUCCUCCAGUUCAGGUACUGUUUGAAAGGGGCAAUCCUUCAUCUGAUACAAAGAAGGUUCUUAAAAGCGGUUUGUCCACUGCAAUUCAAGAGGGUUUGCAGCCUACCUCUCAAUUUUGGGAUGGCACAAAAACACUAAAGACCCUUGCUGAAGGAGGUUACUUUGUGAAAGAAGGCAAAGAUGACCAUGAUAAUGGCACUUUACCCCCUGUUAUUAAGAGCAUGACGUCAGACAGCGACUCGCUGGCCCUUACCCCUGGAGAAAAGAGCGAGCUGGCUCUUUCUGCUCUUGGGGCAUGUAUUUUUUACAUGAAAAAAUGUCUCAUCGAUCAGGAGCUCCUCUCUAUGGCCAACUUUGAAGAGUAUGUUCCUGUUGACAUUGACAUUGAAAAAGCCCAAAGCUCAACCAGUUUCUUUGCAAAAACCAGUCAGCGAAUGGUUCUUGAUGGGGUGACUCUUACAAAUCUAGAAAUCUUACAGAAUGGGACAAAUGGGUCUACUGAAGGUACACUACUGGAAAAACUAGACACAUGCUUUACUCCUUUUGGAAAGCGCCUCUUAAAACAAUGGCUUUGUGCACCGCUGUGCAAUCCUUUUUCCAUUAACGAUCGUCUCAAUGCAUUGGAAGAUCUUAUGGCUAUCCCAGAAAAACUGACUGAAGUGGGAGAGCUUCUGAAAAAACUUCCCGACCUGGAAAGGCUUCUCAGCAAAAUUCACAGUAUCGGCUCACCACUGAAGAGCCAAAACCAUCCGGACAGCAGAGCCGUAAUGUAUGAGGAGACUACGUACAGUAAAAAGAAGAUUGCAGAUUUCCUUUCUGCGCUGGAAGGUUUUAAGGUGAUGCGUGAAGUCAUCAUGGUUAUGGACGAUGCCGUUGAUGGGUUUAAGUCGGAUAUACUCAAGCAGGUUAUGACUCUGAAAGAUAAACAUCCUAAAGGUCGAUUCCCAGACUUGUCAUCUGAACUGAAGAGGUGGGACACUUCAUUCGAUCACGAGAAAGCUAGAAAAACCGGAGUGAUUACCCCCAAAGCAGGCUUUGACCCCGACUAUGAUGAAGCACAGAGAGAUAUCAAGACUGCAGAGCAGAAUCUAGCGGACUAUCUGGAGAAGCAACGCAAGCGGCUUGGAUGUAAGAGUGUCGUUUAUUGGGGAACGGCAAAGAAUCGCUACCAAAUGGAAAUACCAGAGAGUGUAACCGAGCGUAAUUUGCCAGAGGAGUAUGAGCUGAAGUCUACAAAGAAGGGCUACAAGCGUUACUGGACAAAGACCAUUGAGAAGCUCUUUGGGGAGCUUGUAAAUGCUGAAGAGCGCAGAGACGCAGCACUUAAAGACUGCAUGAGAAGGUUGUUUUAUAACUUUGAUAAAAACUACAAAGAGUGGCAGACGGCUGUAGAGUGCUUUGCCGUACUUGAUGUCCUCAUGUGUUUUGCUCAGUACAGCCGCGGUGGUGAUGGACCAGUUUGUAGGCCUAUCGUAGUUUUGCCCGAUGACAUGUCACCUUUCUUGGAGCUUCGAGGAUCUCGUCACCCUUGUAUUACAAAAACCUUUUUUGGAGACGACUUUAUUCCAAAUGACGUUGUGAUUGGUUGUAAGGAAGAGGAUUGUGAAGAGGACAGUGACGCCCACUGUGUACUUGUGACGGGUCCAAACAUGGGUGGGAAAUCCACUCUGCUAAGACAAGCUGGUCUUCUGGUGGUUAUGGCACAGCUGGGAUGUUAUGUACCUGCUGAGAUUUGUAGAUUGACUCCAGUGGACCGAGUGUUUACCAGACUGGGAGCGUCAGACAGAAUCAUGGCAGGUGAAAGCACAUUUUUUGUGGAGUUGAGUGAAACCUCCAGUAUACUUCAGCAUGCAACAGAACAUUCCCUUGUGCUUCUGGAUGAGCUCGGUCGUGGCACGGCUACAUUUGAUGGGACAGCUAUAGCCAGUGCUGUCGUAAAGGAACUCUCGGAAAGGAUCAGAUGCCGCACAUUGUUCUCCACACACUACCACUCCCUGGUGGAGGAUUACUCCUACACACCGGCAGUACGGCUUGGCCAUAUGGCCUGUAUGGUUGAAAAUGAAUGUGAGGAUCCAAGCCAGGAGACCAUUACAUUCCUAUACAAGUUUAUCAAAGGGGCGUGUCCAAAAAGCUAUGGAUUCAAUGCAGCAAGACUGGCUAACAUACCUGAUGAUAUCAUUCAGACUGGACACAGAAAAGCAAGGGAGUUUGAAAGUGUCAUGGUGUCUGUGAAGAUAUUCAGGAAGUUGAACACAUUGCUGGAUGAACGGACUUGUGAUGUCCAAGCCAUCAAUGAACUACUCCAAAUGCUCUAACUUUUGUGUUAUAAAAAAAAAUACGACUUUGUUUUUUGGUGUUUAUUCACAAGGCUGGUUGUCACACAUUAUGAUCUAAUAAACUUUAUUUUUUAAAAAUGACCAUAUUUCCAUUUUUUUUUUUUCUUUCCUAGGAAAUUAAACCCCUUUUAUUUCAUACCUACCCUCUACAUAAUGGUUAUUGAAUACUCCACAAUAUAUUAAGUCUAGAUGUUAUGGUACAUGCAUACACUUUCAGGCUGUUUGAUUACCCACUGUCACCAAUACAUAUAAAUGGGGGAGAAACAAAAAUAAAAUAAAAAAAAAAAAG